AUGGUGAUGACGCCGCUGUUCCAGCAGAUCACUCUCUGCCUCAGCUCCUCGCACUUCCAGGUGGCGGAGCGCACACUGCGCCUGUGGGACAACGACUACAUCGUGGCGCUCGUGACUCAGAACCACGCCACCAUCCUGCCGCUCAUCUUCCCCGCGCUCGAGCGCAACGCCGAAAGCCACCAGAACCAGGCAGUGAAAGAGUUGUCCAUCAAAGUCCGCAAGAUAUUUCUCGAGUUGGACGAGAUGGACAUGAUGGCCGCAAUGGUCGCGAUGGCCGCGAUGGCCGAGGAAGACGAGGAGGGAGAGGAGGGAGAGGAGGGAGAGGAGGACGAGGAGGGAGAGGAGGACGAGGAGGGCGAGGAGGGAGAGGAGGACAAGGAGUGGGAGGAGGAAGAGGAGGGAGAGGAGGACGAGGAGGACGAGGAGGACGAGGAGGGCGAGGAGGACGAGGAGGGAGAGGAGGACGAUGAGGGCGAGGAGGACGAGGAGGGAGAGGAGGACGAGGAGCUCUACUUUAUUUAUCAGAACUUUUGGCUUGGUGAUGCUGGUGGUGCUCACGGGGCGCAAGGCUGUUCUAGUAAUAGAUGGCAAGGAAAUCCACAUCAAGGAAUGG